AUGGAUUAUGAUGCACCUUGGAGAUGCAGAUCUGCAAGCAGCUUCGAAAAAAUUGCUCAAGUAGGCGAAGGGACUUAUGGGAACGUAUUUAAAGCAAAAGAUCGCAUAACUAAUGAAGUUUAUGCAAUGAAAAAGAUCAAAAUGGACCGAGAAAAAGAAGGCUUCCCAAUUACAGCUCUUCGUGAAAUCAAGCUUCUUAAGCAAAUGGACCACCCAAACAUAGUCAAGCUCAAAGAAAUCGUGACUUCAAAAUCAACUGACGACCGCACGCCUGGAAAUGUAUAUCUGCUGUUCGAAUAUAUGCAUCAUGACUUAGAAGGUCUUCUUAACAUGCCAAAACCUAAAAUAGAAUACACAGUUCCUCACUUAAAAUGCUUUAUAAAGCAAAUGCUCCAAGCUAUCGAAUAUCUCCACUCCAAAAAUAUCAUCCAUCGGGACAUCAAAUGUGCAAAUUUACUAGUCAAUGAUGAUGGAGAGGUAAAGCUGGCUGACUUCGGGCUUGCAAGAAGUGUCAGCUCAAAUCCCCAAGAAAUGUAUACAAACCGUGUCAUUACUUUGUGGUACAGGCCUCCAGAACUGCUUUUAGGAUCAACUAAAUAUGGAGGAGAAGUCGACAUGUGGAGUGCUGGAUGCAUUAUAGGUGAAAUUUUAGCAAGAGCACCUAUGUUUCCUGAACCAGAUGAGCCAAAAAUGAUACAAAAAAUUUAUGAUCUUUGUGGAACUCCUAGUGAAGAAAUCUGGCCAGGUGCUUAUUCCUUACCGCAUUUUGAAAAAUUUGCUCCACGAGAAAGAAGGACGAGAAUGCUGAGGGUAAAGUAUGCUGAAAAGGCGAAGUACCCGAAUUUUGAUGAGCUCGCCUUAGAUCUGAUUGACAGACUGCUGCAGUUAAACCCAGAAAACAGAUUGACGGCAAGGCAAGCUUUAGAUCAUCCUUAUUUUACAACAGAGCCUUUGCCUUGUCUUCCAAGCGAGCUACCAAAAAUUAAUGAAGAGCUUCACGAGUGACUUGUCAAAAAACAGCGGAAAGAGCAAAGACCUAAUUAUCCUCCUGGCUAUAAGCCUCCUACCAAAAGGCCUGCUGAUCGUCCUAAUCCUUCACCUACAAAAAGAGCAAAGCUAGAUGAAGAAAGUUAA